AUGGAUCCGUCCCUCUCCUACCAUCAAGCAUCAAUCCUCUCAACACCUCCUCCCCACCCCUCACCAGGCCAACGUCCCCCUCCCUCCCUCAUCCUCCUCAAAGACACACAAACCCAGUCCACCCGCCCACCCCGCCGCAUCCAAUACAUCUUCUCCGACGACCCAGUCCCCUCCCUCCCACCGUCCUCAAAAGCUGUCAUGAUAGACAUGGACCACGAAAACAAAGUCGUAAAUGCGAUGAGUAUGAGCGAGGACUGGCAAGUCGUCGGAACCGAAGUUGCUAAAUCCCCAAACUGGUUCGGAGAGCAACAGGAAGACGGGGGUGUCAUGGUCACUAUCCAAGGAACGGGCGUAGAAGGCGGUAUUAGGAAAGGUGAUGAUAUAUUUGAGAUGGCAAGGAAAUUUACCGAGAGAAAUGCAACACUACGAUCUAUGAUCGACUUAUCGCCUGGAAAGGCAAAAAACGUGGAAGGCAAAGUUCUAUGA